AUGGAGGGUGGCUUCACUGGGGGUGAUGAGUACCAGAAGCACUUCCUGCCCAGGGACUACUUGGCCACUUACUACAGCUUCGAUGGCAGCCCCUCACCCGAGGCUGAGAUACUGAAGUUUAACUUGGAAUGUCUCCACAAGACCUUCGGCCCUGGAGGCCUUCAAGGGGACACACUGAUCGACAUUGGCUCAGGCCCUACCAUCUACCAAGUUCUCGCUGCCUGUGAGUCCUUCCGAGACAUCACUCUCUCCGACUUUACUGACCGCAACCGGGAGGAGCUGGAAAAGUGGCUGAAGAAGGAGCCGGGGGCCUAUGACUGGACCCCGGUGGUGAAAUUCGCCUGUGAGCUGGAAGGAAACAGCGGCCGUUGGGAGGAGAAGGAGGAGAAGCUGCGGGCAGCAGUGAAGCGGGUGCUCAAGUGUGAUGUCCACCUGGGCAACCCGCUGGCCCCUGCUGUGUUGCCCCCCGCCGACUGUGUGCUUACCCUGCUGGCCAUGGAGUGUGCCUGCUGUAGCCUUGAUGCCUACCGCACUGCACUGUGCAACCUUGCCUCACUGCUCAAGCCGUGUGGCCACCUGGUGACCACAGUCACGCUUCAGAUCUCAUCCUACAUGGUGGGGAAGCGUGAAUUUUCCUGUGUGGCCCUGGAGAAGGAGGAGGUGGAGCAGGCUGUCCUGGAUGCUGGCUUUGACAUUGAACAGCUCCUACAGAAUCCCCAGAGCUACUCUGUCACCAAUGCUGCCAGCUCUGGGGUCUGCUUCAUUGUGGCUCGCAAGAAGCCUAGGCCCUGAGCCAGGAGGGCCAGCCAGAGGUCUGGUCAGGCUGUGAGGCCUUGGCCAUCUGUAUGCUAGAGAGGGGUGAGGAAUGGAUACUGUCUAACAGCCUCUGAUUUCAAUACU